UCAAACAUGGGAAGGCGAAGAAGAAAAGCGAGACCAAAAAAAAAAAUGAACGCGCAUUCAGCCAUUUUCCGUCACAUUUGGGCGGGAUAGCAGCGCAAGGGCGAUUUUGGCGUGUAUUUCUAUCAAUAAAUAGGACUGGCAGCUGAAAUCACCGAGUGUACAUUUCGUUGCUUUAUAGCGCGCUUGGUUUUCGCUGCGGUACUCGACUGAGGACGUCUCGGAAGACGCAGGCCGCGGAAAUGUCCAGGCAGAUGUCUCCGCCACCACAAAGCAGGAGGUUUCCAUGGGAUGAACACAGACCUUACAGAGGUUCCGCGGAACGGCAUAGAGGUCCAUCGGACUGGAGGCCCAAUGCCAGAGAUGACGAAUGUCGAUUUGGUGAGGACAUGUUCCCACAAGGCCAUAGGAAAGUCCCUCCUCCGCAGGAUUCCUUUUGGCGUCAGCGAGAUCAGGAGGGGAGUUUUCACCGGCGGCCGUCACCUCAACGCAACUUCAAGGACCGCCCAAGAGGCUCCCCCCAGCGGGAUGGCGGAUUUGAUCCAGACAGACCAAGGAGAGGCUUCAGAGAAAAUGUUCACAGUUUUAACAGCAGAGGACGGUCACCCUGCUCACAUCCGAGAUUCCGGGGGGAACCGCUGCCUACUAACGGUCUCUCAGAUCACUCGCAGGGAGCGCCGGACUGGAGGCGGGACUCCGAUUGGCGAUGCCAAGGGCGGUUUCGACACGCCAGCCCCGGUGUUCGAUCCGAGGAGCAAAGAGCAAGCAGAAGAGAAAAGAGCACUGAAGGUCUGAACAGAAGCAGGCAAAGAGAGGACGACCAGCCCGCCUUAAAGCGGCCGAAAUCGGAAAUAGACGGCCAACAUCACAGCGGGUUCAGGCGCAACAACAAGGAUUCUGGGGAUUGGCGCUACUCAUCCGUCAAGAGUGAAGGAGACUUCUCCCGGGAUCCUCCAGGCUCAGGAACUCCUCACUUCACUGAACACGCUCAGGGAUUCCAAAACAACCGUAAAAGACCGCAACGGGAACACUUGGAUAACGGCGGACACCGUGACGCCGGGUUGCGACACAAACGCACCGGAUCAGCAGGCUCCUCACAAGAGCAGUUCCAGACUACAAAUAGCAGGUCCGAAGUCCGGGAAGAUUCCAGAAGUCGCCACUUUCCAGAUAAUUGUAGGGACGGCUCGGAAAGCAAGAGGAGCUCCCCGCCGCAAGAAUGGGCAAAUUUUGCGAGACGAGGCUCCCCGACAAUUCAGAGGGAGAGGGGCGGGUCUCAUGUGGCCAGAGGUGGGUUCAGUCACAGCGGGAAGCGGACAAACUUUCAGCAGGACUCCCAGAGCUACCAAAACCUUCCUCGUGAGGAGCCUAGAGCGGGAUACAAAUCCCAAAGUGAAGCUGGUUACUCCAAUGCGGAGAAGGAAGGGGAGGAGCCCAGCAGGACAGAAGACAACAGACGCUUGGAACAGAUCCGGCCCGCCAAUGUGGACCGAAACGAUCACAGGAGCGCCGUGGACGUGGACUGGCCCAGGCCCCGUGCGUGGAAGGAACCAGACUCCAAAAACAUGACGGUGGUCACGGAGGAAACGCUCGUCAUCAAAUUGGACAUGAGCCGGCCCACCCUGCGCACCAGCUCGCUGUGUUACUCCGCAGAGCGCCAGCUCUCAAUCGACUUGGUCAACGUCGCUCGCCAGCAUCAGGACUUACCGCCGGAGGCGUCGGGAAGCACGCCGGAGAGCAAAGGCGCGCACGGGGGGGCGUUUGCCGAGCAAAUCAUCACGCUGGUGCACAGCGUCAAAGAGCUGUACUUCAAAGGCACCGGGAUCACGCUCGACCAACGCUUCUCUGCGCCGCAACGAGGAGACGAUGGUGAAGAAGAGCCGCGGGGGCUGACGCUGAACCAGAGGUUCUCAUCGAAUCACGUGAACACGACGCCGCCGCCCUCCGACAUCCAGCCGCUCUUUCCUGUUUUGAGCGGCGUGCAGAUGCUGCACGGCCCCGGCGACCUCAGACACGACCUUGAGAGGCGGCGUCAAAAGCGUCUGGAGUGCGUGACCGUCACCAUACAGGGAGGCCGCCACCCGCCCCCUGCCAAGGACGAAUACGCCGAUGGGAUGUCGCCGGACGAGCGGGACUGCAGGCGGGAUGGCAACACGGGUUUCAGGCGAGGUGGUCCGUACAGGAUGAACGUCCGCGGCACGUCGAGGUUUAAGAUGGGACAGACCAUCAGGAUGCAGAACCGCCACAACAAUGAUGAGGGUCCCAGCUGGUGACGGCGCCCCGCCAACGGCGACGAGUUUGCAAUGUUUAGUCUGCCCCACUGCUUCCCCUGAUGCUCUUUCCUAUCAUCCCUUUAAAGUGAGUCCUUGUUUUCGUCCGUUGUUCUCCAUGUAGUCUUGUUUGAGUUUCCACCUGCUCUGCAGACAACCCGUUUGAGCAUUUACUUCCAUCUUGUACUCGUGCAAAGAAUUCUACGAAUUCAUUCAGGACGUACUUGUACACGGACCUUAAGAUGGAAAUCAGCAAACGGAAUAAAUGCUCAAGCCGCUUGCCUUUUGUUUCGUACAUGUGAGAGAUGGAACGAUAAGGUGUGGACAGAUUUUAUUUUGAUCUGUUGUGACAAUAAUAAUAAUAAUAAAAAAAACUUUCACUUCA